AUGCAUGCAAAACACAAGAUGGGGGAGGAAAAUAACCAUAUGAGUAAAAACGAAGAAAUAAAGGCUAUCCUUAGAAGGAUAAAAAACAGUGAUAACACCAAGGACAAAUUUGGAAGCAUUUUAAAAUUGUCCAGAUAUACAAGCUAUUUACAUGAAGGAGAAAAAUUAAAAAUAUCCAAAUGCAUUGGCGUCCACUUCAUUUCCUUACUACUCCGGUCGGACAACUCCUUUCAAUUAUUUGCUCUCCGGUUAGUUAACAGCCUAAUAGCUGAAUCUACUGAGGCUUACUUAAAAAGGUGUAUGCCUUUUGUAAACGCCAUCAUUUUUUAUUAUUGCGAUUUUGUGAAUGAAUGGAAUGAAAAGGUGGAGGUGCAAGGAAGGAAGAAGGAAGGGAAGGGGAAAGGGGAAGAAUCUCGCACCUCGCAGACAGGGAGUGCGGAGCUCUCCCCAUGUUUAAGCGACACGGAGGAAUUUCCAAAGUUGGAUGGAUCGAACGGAUCGGAUGGAUCGGAAGGUGCCGGGGCAAACUACAACACUGACGGAAUCAACGACAUUUACCUUGAGUGCCUAGAAUAUCUUUUGAAGAUGUUACCGUUUUUAAAUGAGAAGGAGAUUGUGGAUAACUCUUUUUUUCCUCGUGAAGGGAGCAACGUAAGUUUUGACGCUGACAUGUACUUUUUGCAGAAGAAGCUAAAGAAAGGGGCACACCCUUCCCUAUCACCGCGCCUGGGAGGACGAGCACAGGGUGGACUCAAGGGGUUUAAGAAGCUCCCCCAUCAGGGGGAAAAGAGGGAAGAUUUCGAAGUGGAAAAAGAAGUGGUCGAAGAAGUAAUAAAAGAAGAAGUUAAUGGGGAGGAUGAUGUCGAAGGGGAUGCCUCUUCAAUGGAAGACACUUCCCUGAAUGAUGAGGACGAACAAGAGGAGGAUGAUUCCCGGGAAGAGCGUGUCAGCUUGGUGGAACUGCUCUUCGACGCACUCACCGAGAAUAUCCGAAUGGUGGAGGCAAUGCGCGCAAGGAUUUAUAUGAACAACGGAGAGGAGGAACUUCCCAAAGGGAAAAAUACACCUAAAGGAUCACCCCCUCCUAAAGGAGAACUUCCUAAGGGGGAGGCGCACCCCCUGGAUAAAGCCUCCCAAAUGAUGAUCCGCGCCCGGGAGGCAAAGUUCCUUCUUAAUAGCAGAAAUGUAGACAUGACCCUACUACUGCUGAACAAUACGUUCCUAAAACUGAGCGGAAGUCGCUUCGUGAAGGAGUAUUUUUAUCUACUCAACAAGGUGAUCGAAACGUACAGGCAAAGUAGAGUAACGGCAAUGAAGUGUCAAACCAAUCUGAACGCGUACAUGAAAAAACAAGGCUGCAUAAGCGUGUUGGACAAAAGGAGCGUAUACAAACUGUAUGCAAACAUUAUAUACUUGUUUUCCCAAGUGAAGGUUCAGGAGGAGAAGGAACUCCUCUAUAUCCUCUAUUCCACUGUAUACUCGUGUCUGAACUUUUCUUUCCUAAGUGAGAAAUGCAUCGAUAUUUUAAAAACACCAUUAUCCUAUAUGAACGUAGAGCUCUACUUAUUUGCAGAGAAAAUCAUGAAGUACAUGGGGGGAGAGAAAGAUAAGGGGGAAACUUACCCUUUUGAGGAGAUUUCCUCUGCACAAAUCAUCCCACUCAUAUGCACCAACAUCGAACAUGUGAUUAAUUUUAUCAGUCAAGAGGGUGUGGACGAAGCAGGGAAAAAAAUAUCUCUCAAAGGGGAGAACCUCCCCAUGGGCGAACUGCACAAAAUUAUAGGAAAGAUAAAAAGAGCGAUCGAAAUUGUGAUUGAGCUCUUUAAAGAUUUGAAGUCUCACAUCCGAGAAUUGAAUCCUUCUUGCGAAUCCUUUAAAAUGCUAAAGGAGAAAUUUCACAAACAGCUAAAUUCUAUGGUGCAUCUCUUUUGUAAUUAUUUACUUUUCGAAAAUGGGCACUAUAUAGAUGAUUUCCUGAGCUUACUAGAGUUAUUUUCCAUCUGGGUAGAUGAGGAAAAGGUUUUUUUGGCAUUCCCUCUAAUUAUGAAGAAUGUGCAUGCAGAUCGAUACAUACACAACAAGCAAUUUGUAACGAAGCUCUUUCUCCUCAUACUGGACCCAACCAUGAAAAAUAUUGUUCACAUAAAAAUUCUGUAUGACAUUUUUUACAAAUGCAUUUUUAACGUUGUAGAGUCAAUCCAGAUUGUUCAAAAUGAUAUAUUUGUGAAAUUUACGCCUGAAAAUGUUCCUCGUUUUCUUUCCAAAGAUUAUGAUUUGGUUUUGCCAUGCAACAUACCAAUUGACAAAUUGAACAUCGUGCCCUUCGUCUACAUCAUCUGUGAGGACGAGUACAACAAAAGGAAGAACGACCAACAGUUCAUUCGCAAUAUAACUAACAUCCUUUCCUUUUCUGUGAAUUUUUUUUUUCACUACUGGAACUUCUUUUUGAUGACCCCCAAAGGACAACUUGCCAACUCAGAGCCUUACCUCUUUGAACACAACUAUUUCAAUGCUUGCGCUGGACAUAUUCGAACGAACGAGCUUGAAUUUUUUCUCGCUCUUAAGGUUCUGUUCACCAUUUCGUCGCUGCUCUUCCUACGUUUUGAUUCCUCCGUUCUAAACACCCUACUGGACAAACACCCCACGCUCUUCCUGCAGGAUUGUCUCAUUGCAUCCCUCCUCAACCUGAAAAUUGAAGUCGAAGUUGGAGUGGAUACAGAAGGCGAAGGCACACUGAAGGCGGAAGAAGCAAUCCGCAAGAGUGGGAAAAGGCAUAAGUACUUUCUCCAAAAUUUAGAAUUAGUCUACCUUGUUAUGUAUUAUCAUCCCACUUUUGUAUCGCUCCUAAUUUUUCGCCUAAAACAAGUGAAGAAGGCCCGCGGGGAGAUCCGUUUCGAGACAAACAAGCUAUGCAAGCAGGAGAAGCACCUUUCCAUUUGUUCGUUUUUAAACAGGUUCAUCGAGACCCACGUUUAA